AUGCACAAACAAAUCUAAUCCAGCUCACAUAAAAAUCAACCCCCCAUUCCUUGGUAUUUCCUAGCUGGUUCCUUUGCUGCGAUUCGACCACUUCGAAACCCUCAAAAUACCGCAGGGAAAGGAGGGAAAGAGCCGACAUCCAGCCACGUGGCAUGAAGUGCCACAACCCAUCCUAUGGGUUUCAUUUCUUCACCAAUGCAGCUCACCCACCUCUUCUUUAUUCGCAUUCAGCGCAAGGAAAAAGCACCCAAACAUGCUGGUGGCGAUCUUCAUGUCCAGCCCCAAAAAUAGAAGGGAAAACAUGCCUUUUUAAGCCUUGUUUGAGUAGCCCUACUGAGUUUUUCUAGCAGCAGCUAUGGAGCGGCCAAAGAAGCGCAGCAGGGAUUUUCGGAGUUGCAAUGCUUUGACAGCAGAAGAAAUGGAAGCAGCAGAUUCUUUGCUAAGGCUUUGUCAUUUGGGUUGCUUUUUUUUUCAGUGGGCAAUCAGAAGGAAGCGAUCUGCCAUUGAUAGAGGUGGCUUUAGUGAUAACAACAUUACCCACCAAUCCAAACUGGCCAACAGAAGUCCCUUGAUGGCGCUUGGUUUAUCCUGGAGUGAAAGUGAUGAGUUUGAUGAGAGGGCAGGUGGAUUGCCACCGUCUUCAAAGGAUAUGAGUGUAAAAAAAUCAUCCCGGAGAAGGCUACCUAAGAAAAAGACACAUAAGGAACUGAAACACAUGGUGAACACACUCUCUUCAGAAAAGAGUAGAUUGAAAAAGGAGGAAGAGCAACUGAUGAAAACCUAUCAGGAGCUACAGGAGUGGAACCAUCAUUUAAAAUCACAGUUGGCAGCAUGCCUUAAUCAAAGACAAGAGCAAAAGUUGCUCUCCACUCCCCAGCCAACACCAUUUGAUAGGGGCUCAAACCAUGGUACAGAAACUUUUGUUUCUAUUAAAGAUUCAUCAAGGCAUAAUGAAUAUGACUCACCUGACCAUUUUGUUGGCACACUUGCUUUAAGCACCGUGUAUGACGGACCUCUACAUGUUGGAGUGUCUGUGUGUUGACAUGAACCUGAAUUUUCAUUUGGGUUUGAGAAUGGGGACUCUUUAAGACCUUCCAAAUUUAAAUGCUCCCUACUGUUGAUUAGUCAUACCAGAUUUGAAUGCUCAUACUGAAGCCAUGCGUAAUAUAGUUCCAAAUGGAUUCCAUAAAAAAUGUUUCUUUGAGCGAACAAAGUUGUUGCUAUUGAAGCAAGGAGGCGGUAGAUAGAUCUUACCAGAGUCAAAUAUGCCCAUAUGUGUAAGGUUCAAACUAAGCAAGGGCUACUAUGUAUUGCAUUAAAAUUUCAGAUAUCAAAUUUGAUGUGUACAAGAAUUCAUGCAUGCUUCUAAAAUCUUCUCUCAUCAACAAAAGAUUUUGAAGUGUAGGUUGAGUUCUUGGUUUGAUUCUCACUGUCCAGAGUUUUGUAGAUUGGAAUUAGUCUAUUAGAUUCCAAAUAGUGCUGUAUAGUUGGCUAAAUAGAAAUUAAAUUAAUUGAUUGAAUUUAGUGGGAACUAUUCAAGGACCUAGGCAGUAGACACAUUAGUUUAAUGCUGGUUAAGGUGAAUGGUAGUUGCAAAUGGUGCAACCUUGCUGGUUAUGAUCUUUGCAUUCAGUUGAAAGGAGAGGAUAUAGAUUUUUUGUAGAUAUUUGACAAAGCAUGCAUAUUGUUAAUCAAUAUCAUGAUAUGACAAAGUUGUCUUCACAUGUGCUGCCCAUUACAGUACGUAGGUAGCAUCUAGCAACGCAUUGCAAGUUUGGGCAUAAAUUUAUGCUUUGUAUACAAACUUUCUUCUCUCUCAAUCAACUAGAUUUCAAAGGGUAUAAAUAAGAUCUUCAGAUUCCUUAAUUUGUAUUCUAAUUACCAAUUUUGUUUUUCACAAUUUGUGAGAAAAUAUGGGCAUUGCAAGAGAGGCGCAAUUCACUUGUGCUGCCCAUUACAGUAUGUAGGUAGCAUCUAGCAAUGAAUUGCGAGUUUGGGCAUAAAUUUAUGCCUUGUAUAUGAACUUUCUUCUCUCUCAAUCCACUAGAGUUCAAAGGAUAUAAAUAAGAUAUUCAGAUUCCUUAUUUUGUAUUCUAUUACCAAUUUUGUUUUUCACAAUUUGUGAGAAAAUAUGGGCAUUGCAAGAGAGGCACAAAUGAAAAUGUUGUAAGAAAUAAGAUUGUAUGCACCUAGGAGAUCUGGUCUCCGUUCUAGCAUCAUCUCAUAAAGUUCAGUGCAUUUUUAUAUUUGAUUCCAAGGAGUAUACACUUCUUUGCCUAUUGAUCAUGCAAGUUUUAAUUUUGUAUUUUUUAUUUUCUAUUCAUUAAUUGAAAUCUCACCGACAUAUUAUUUUUAGUUUGAGGGGAGAUCUAAUGCUUGAAGAUUGCUUCUAGGUACUUGAUAAUUGAGUACUUAUCUCAAGUUUGUUUAUGGAUUCAAAUUACAGUUUAAACUGAUGUAUUGAUUGCCUACUGAUCACUUAAUCGAACUUUACACAUCUGGACAUAAUUGACUCUUGUAAGCACUAUUUGCCACCUCCUUGUUUUUUCAGCAACAACUUUGUUCCUUGAAAGAAGCGUUUCUUCAUGAAAACCAUGUGGAACUAUAUCACAUAUAGGUUCAGUAGGAGGAUUCAAAUCUGGUAGGCCUAAAAAACAGGAGGGAUCCAUGGCAGGUCUCGAAUAGCCCUCAUUCUCAGACCCAGGCACUCCAACAUGCAGAGGUUCAACUUACACAAUGCUUACAACCAUUGUGCCAACAAAUGGUCAGAUGAGUCAUGUUCAUUAUGCCUUGAUGAACCAUCAAAAAAAUUUAAUAAAGGAUAAAAAUCAAGGAGAUCAAAUGUUUGAAUAAGAGAUUGCAGGCUUUGGAUUAUUCUCCAUUAUUUUCACUUCAUUCUACACAGUAUUAUUUGACCAAUUGGUUGAGGUCAACUAAGAGUAUACUUAUGAUAUAAGGUGCGUGCAAUGAAUGACUUUGAAUCA